AUCAGUGGUCGUCAAGAAAGCAUUGACGAUGAAUAUUACAAAUCUUAAAGAUAAGCAGUUUAUGGAAGGGAGGGCUGCUCAAAUCACGCUUAAAGCAGGCGGACAUCUCUCGGCAUCAGCGUUCGCACAAUACGCCAUCUUGGCCGGGUUAGAUUACGUCAUGCAUGUUUCAAAUUACGUCAUAAACGUGUGCGUCAAGGUACAGGACGGUAUUCAGACGAAUCUGGCCCAGUUUCCGACCGCCAACUUGAUUUCCGUUCCCCUCUCACUCGGGGAAGAGGACGAAUACGACUACCCUGACAGUUUAAGGAACGAAUCGAGAAAACCCUGCUCUUCGACGUAUCGACCUCGAGCGGAGAUGUGUCAGAACAUUUCAAACUGAACGCGUUCGUAAGUCCCGGUAAAAGAUACAUUCGCCUCGAUACGAUGUUGGUGUUUCUUCUGGACCUUAGUUAUGAUGACUUUAAGGGCGGUUUUUACGCCAUUUCUGGUUCCGGUUAUAGGCCAAGAUCGGUCAACCUGGACAACAUAGCUACUCGCCACGAAAAAGAGCAGAUUAGAUUCGAAAUGGGGCAAGCCGUAGAGUUAAAGCCCAAUUACGUAGCCUCCGAGGAGAAUUUGUUCCGGUUGGCCAUUGCCCUCAUCCGGAUCGCAAAGAGCGUGCAUACGCAGCAGAUCGGCAUAGGCGUCGGCUGCAAGGCCGACAGGCUCUACUUUGACGUCCGACCGAUUGCCGACGAGAACGAUUUUGUUGUAGAGGCGGAUCUGUGGUCACUGCCAGGCCCGACCCCGUGAUUUGUAACGCCCCCGCCCUGGGGCGCGAAUAUUUCUACUUCAACUUUGACCUCGACCAAGAAGGACACUGCUGGAAAACAGACAAUUCAUUCUGCGUGGAAAUGCACGAGUCACGUAACAACAUAAGCGUAAUUCUUCAACGACGUCUGACGUCUGCCGCGGGCACCGGGAAACUUCCGCGUCUAGACAUAAUGCCGGAAAUCGAGGCGUGCGUCGUCGACACUUGCGGUGGCUGCCCGAGCGCUGGAAGCGUUUGGAAGGAGAAGGUUCUCAAGUGCACGAAGAUGAUCCUGAAGUACCUUGCUCGAGCCAGUGUCCCGUUCCAGCCACUACUAGACAAGGUGUCCAUCUUUAACUCGGACAUCGCCCAGUCCAGUGUCCACUCGCUCGCCUGUCAUGAUGGCAGGGUGUGCGUCGAGAACACACAGAUCUACGCCUUGCUGUUACCACUCACGACCGCCACGUACAUGCACGAGAAUGCGGACGAACUGAUCUUCGGCGGGGCGGACAAUCCGAGCCCGCUACUCGAGAUCGUGGAACAGGAGCUGGCCUGGAGAGCCGUGGGCAACGUGGACGUCUAUCUGGAGUCAGCCAAGGACGUUAACUCGCUUAGAAAUACCAUACAGAUUCUGAUGAUGUACAACAAAAAUGUUUCUCUCGUGACGUUUCACAUCGAUUCGGAAACCGACGAAGAUGACGUCAUAAUCACAUUACAACGGAAGGUGGGUCUCUGGCUUGUGUCCUACGUUGAGUCGACUCGUGACCACGUCCUACACGAUGACCAAGAUUCCAAUGGACCGGAAAAGGCGGAGCAUAGAACGCAGCAAGGACCGGAACGAGAUGAAUAUGCAAAUGAGGAACUGGGAGGUGGAUUGGAUGCUAAAAUCGUAGUCAGAUUUUAAAUGCUUUACAUAUUAAUAACACUUUUUAAUUGUAUUAUCUUUAUGUAUAAAUGCUUAUAAAUGUGAUCAUAUAUCUCAAUAAUGCAUUUCAAGAAAGGAUUAAUUGAACUCAAAAGGCAUGAUCAGGGGAGAAACUCAUGUUAUCAUUAGCUAGUGUUGUCUUUAAGGCAAUUAAGUUUUCUUUUGUGAUUUUGAGAGUUGAGAUAAUUGUAAUCAUUGCGUUGAAUUGUGUGUAUGCAGUCCUCACAGGCUAAUUAGGAAUGACACUUUCCGCUUUUAUUGUUUUUUACGUUUAAAAGUAGUCUUAUUUGAACGAAAAUCCAGGCUAGGCGGAAAGUGUGGUCACUGCUUAGCCUGUACGCUCACUUUCUCAUUUGAGACGACACUUUACGCACAUGCAUUAAGCCCUGUUUUCCUCUGAUCCAAUGCGCACAUUUGUGUUGAUGCUGUUUUUGAUAUUUUGUUAUAAGCAUAUUGUUUUUUUUUUAAAUCUCUCACACAAAACAUAAUUCCAAUCGAUUCAGUGAAUACCAAUUAAAUAUUAAUCACAUGAAUUAUAUUUAAACAAAGAAGCACCGAGUCACGUAUAUUUAUUAUGUAUACAUUAACCUUUACUGUUUAGUAUGUUAGACAUUUAUUAUAAUAAUAACACAUGUAAAAGCCUUGGCAUUCAAAUGUGAUUGAUUUGCAUCAGUUGUAUAUACUUUAAAAAGGCUGAAACGUCGAAUGUUACUUUUAUUUUAUUUGCUAUAAUGUUUGUUGACAUGGCUUUAUUUCCGGAUAACUCAUUUCAGUAGACACUUCAGGCAAUAAACGUUUGUACGGCAGACAA